AUGUUGAUAAGUUAUAUUUAUUUUAUUAAAGUCUUGACCAUCGUAAUUGGUGUGGACGCAGUAAACGUAACGACGUCUCAGAACAAUUCUAUGACACUAAAGGAAUCAAUAAAUAAUGUUACAAAUCAGCGCAAACUCUGGAACUUUAAAGAUUACAUAAAAAAGUUUAGUCCUGUCGUGGUAUGGAAUCGAAUCGAUAAACAAAACAAAGAAUUAGGUGUUAAUAAAACUUUAAAAGAUGAACUACAAAACGUACUAACAGGUAUAGACGAAACAGACGAGUUGAUGUCUCUAAAAGUAGAAAAUGGCGACGCAAAAAUAAUUUUGGAGCGAGAUGGAAGAAAAAGAUGGGUACCACCGGGAAAUUAUGACAGAAACGACAGGUUCCGUGACCCAUUUUAUCUCCGAAAAAGGUUUUUCGAACUAAUGAAACAAGCUAUUUAUCAAGCGAGAAACAAAAUGGUGAUAAUGCAAAUAUUUAGGAAGAAGUAUUCCAAUUCGUCGUUGUACAAAAUGGGAUUCUUGUUCAGCAAAACUGAUAUACGUUGCAAGAUAUUUUCGAAAUUUGCAUUUAGGGCUUUUAAGGCCUGCAGCGAUUUGAGACAAAGAAAACAUCCUCGCCACGAUGUAUUUGGUGUGCUGCAAACAGAAGAGAGACUGGUUCAUAUCUGGUUCGAAAUAGAGCUACUGACUGAUUUGAUAGUUGAAAACGAUGACAAUUGUAAAGACGUAUUAGACAAAUAUAACGAAAACAGAAUAAAAAUGUGGAAAUUUGUUGAUUGA